CUAGUGCAGCCAGUUCAGCUAAAACGAACAGACCCAUUGUGUCAAAUACGACAUGACACUUUGAGAGUUGAACGCCUAUCAUAUAAAUAUUGGAAUUUAUUGUCGAUGUAUAUCCUGUAAUUAACGUUGAGAUAUAUAAACUGCUGUGAAUUUAUUUCAUAGAAUCAUGUCGCACAUUUAUUCUUCAAUAUAAUUUUGUUAUCAUCGAAUUGAGUUCGAGUAAACACUUGGAAUCUAUAUAUUCUAAUCUAUGCUAAAAUAAUCGUAUCAUUCGGUAUCAUUCGUCGACGUAAGUAAACGAAAAUGAGCUCGUGUAGCGUGAUUACGUCCGAUUUUGUGAAUGUAUCGAUCACAAAUUCCGGGCAAGAAUCCUGUUGCGUGGAGCGUCGAUUUCAGAAGGGUAUAACCAUCGACGAAUUUAAGGGUAAAUUGGAACUUCUUACGGGUGGCAAUCCAGCUACGAUGACAAUCGAGGUUUACGAUAAGAAUGACAAGCUUGUUUGCAAAUUGGAGGAGGGACAGCGCCCCUUGGGAUCUUAUCCAAUCGACGAUGGUAUGAGAAUACAUGUCAUUGAUAAUUUCUCGUGCACUACAGAGGACCUAAAUCGUGUGGAAAAGUUUGAGAUAUCAGAAGAGGAGUACGCUAAGAAAACAGAUACUGUUAAGGCGUUUCUGGAGAAGAAUAAGCUGGGGAAGUAUAACGAGGAAGAAAUGAAGAAGAAAAUGGAGAAGAAACGGGAGGAGGAGGCGGAGGAACGUUUAGCCAGUUUAUGUAAAGUCGGAGAUCGCUGCGAGGUAUCUGUCCCAAAUCUACCGAGACGGAGGGCUAUAAUCUUAUAUGUUGGUAAAACUGAAUUUAAAGAAGGCUGGUGGAUCGGUGUUAGAUACGAUGAACCUCUUGGCAAGAAUGAUGGAAGCAUCGGUGGUAAAAGAUAUUUCGAAUGUCCACCAAAGUAUGGUGGAUUUGUCAAGCCGAUGCACGUGAAUGUUGGAGAUUUUCCCGAGGAAGACUUCGAUUUGGACGAAGAACUUUAAAAUAUCCCUGGAUAUCUAUUUACAAUUUUUGAAAUUUAUUUAAAAUACAUAAAAUUUAUAUUAAGCAGUGUAGUGUAAAAAAUAGGAAAUCCUUUUUAAAUUAAACACAUAAAUGAGGAUUCUUAAUA